AUAAAUCGCAGGUUGUGAAUAUUACAAUUUAUUUUUGUAAUGCACAAGAUUAAUUUGUGUUAUAUUUCACACUUAAUUUAAAUUUAUUACUAAUUUUUAUCAGAUUAUAUAAAUAUAUGCGUGUUUGAUGAUCCUUGAGAAUUACAGAUGAGGCCGAUAGGCUGCUUGAUACAUAAUUCUGACUUCAUAAAUAAGGCAAAAGAUAAAUUUAUUUACUCGUUAAGCCCAAAAUAAGUUGGGCUCCAGUGAUGAGGACUCUGGGGACGUGGAGUGACGUUUUUGUGUGUUAUUGGGUGUGUUUUAAGAUAAAAUGGGUAACAUAAUGUCUGGGGUGAUCAUUGUGCAGGUGCAUAUAUCUCACGUGGGCCCAAACAACAUGAGGAUCUCAUGGAUCACACAGAGCCCAACCCCUGCAAGUGUUCGUUACGGUCCUUCUGCUCAGGCCGACGGUUCCUCCGCCACUGGCUCUGCCUCUUCCUACACCUACUUCACUUACCAGUCCGGCCAAAUUCACGACGUCGUUAUCGGCCCUCUUAAACCCAACACCCUUUACUACUACCGUCUGGGUGACUCCCCUUCCUCCCCACAAUACUGCCUCAAAACCCCUCCUUCUCAAUUCCCUAUCAAAUUCGCCAUUGCAGGUGAUCUCGGCCAGACGGACUGGACUCAAUCCACCCUGCAACAUAUAGCUAAUUCAAGCUACGAUAUGUUUCUGUUGCCUGGGGACCUAUCUUACGCGGAUACUAUGCAGCCUUUGUGGGACUCGUACGGUCGCCUCGUUGAGCCAUUGGCUAGCCAGCGUCCUUGGAUGGUCACUCAAGGCAACCAUGAGGUCGAGAAGAUUCCCGUGGUUCACAGCGAGCCGUUCACAGCCUACAAUGCCAGGUGGAGAAUGCCCUUCGAGCAGAGUGGCUCCGACUCCAACUUGUACUAUUCUUUUGACGUUGCUGGUGUGCACGUCAUCAUGCUCGGCUCCUACACCGACUUUGAUUCUGAUUCUGCACAGUAUAAAUGGCUUGUCGGCGACUUGCAGAAGGUGGCCAGGAACAAGACGCCUUGGAUUGUGGUGCUUCUUCACGCCCCUUGGUAUAACACCAACACUGCUCACCAGAAUGAGCCUGAGUCCUACGCCAUGAAGGCCUCCAUGGAAGACUUGCUGUAUCAGGCUCGUGUUGAUAUCGUUUUUGCAGGUCAUGUUCAUGCGUAUGAGCGCUUUACUCGAGUCUACAAGGACAAAGCUGAUAAUUGCGGUUCAGUGCAUAUCACGAUAGGGGAUGGCGGCAAUCGAGAAGGCCUCGCCUCUAAAUACAUGGACCCAAAACCAGAGACAUCGCUGUUCAGGGAAGCUAGCUUUGGACAUGGGAUCUUGAAUGUGGUAAACGCAACGCAUGCACAAUGGACUUGGCAUCGGAAUGACGACGAUGAGGCUGUUGUCGCUGACUCUAUCUGGUUGAAUAGCCUCUCCACUGUGCCUAAUUGUAAAGUUUAGCACCACAUC